AAAUAUUUGGUGAAUGAUAAAAAAGUUUUCAGAAUCAACGCAGUUAAAGAAAAUGGCAGUCGAACUUAAAGCGAAAUUUGAAGGAAAAUGGGAAAAUGUUAAAUCAGAGAACCUCAAAGAAUUUUUGGACAAAGCCGGUGUUGGAAUGAUCAAGAGAAACAUUGCUGCCCAAUUUACACCAACAAUAGUGAUCAGCGUGGAAGGUGAGACAGUCAACGUGUCAAUUACCGCGGGUCCUAAAAAAGACAAGGUGUCAUACAAACUUGGUGAAGGGUAUGAUAUCGAGGGAAUUAACCCUGGUAAGGCAGUGACCACAUUGGUUGAAGGCAAAAUGAACACAGUUAUUACCCCGAAUAAUAAAGAUCUGAAGCUGCACACGGUGGUUAACGAUAUAGUUGAUGGUCAGCUGGUUCAGACAUUGACAACUGAUGGUGUUACAGCUAAACGUUACUUCAAGAGAUCAUCCUAGGACAGUAAAAAGAUUUAAAGGUUGAAUAUAGUUGUUGAACUGAAUAAUAAAACAAACUGUUACCUUAUAAGUUCGGCCAAUGUUGGGAUUUAAUUGAUUUCAUUUGCAUAUUUUUUCCUCAUUGCUUAUUUUAUUCUAUUCAUAAUUCUUUUAUAAAGUGAAAUGUAAUACUGAACUAUCUGAAGAAAUCAUAGUAAUUGGCGAAUGACUUUAUAACAUUUUUGGUGGAUAAAUAUUAUUUUUAUGGCUGCCUUAAAGAUAUGUACAAUAGAACGGAUCUGAAAUUCCAAUAUGCAAAUUCUGUAAAUCACACAUGACAAACAAAUGAGUUCUAUUUUAUCAAAGAAGACACGUCAUUUUGCACUUUAAUGCUUCACGAGAAAAGUCAGUUUCAAUUCUGUUAAAUCUCCCUUGGUUACAACCAUUAUCAAUCAGAUGUAUGUGGACUUUGAGUGUUUCAUUUUUCAAAAUGAAAUGCAUUUUCGACGUUUUGAUAUUGUUGAGACAAAAAUUAAAACAAAAACCAGAAAGCAUGGAAGUCAAUAUAGUUAAUAAACUGAAAGUAACAGUGUAACAAUGCUGACUGUUACAACAAUGACAUCUGUAUUGGCUAUGGUAAAAAUGAUACUUUUGUAGUAGCUGUAUGAGAACAUGAUAACUGUUACAACCUUACGGUUAAUGUUACAAUCAAGAUUAUGGAUAAAAGCAAAAUAUAUGGUAUCGAGCUUUUACGAAUAAUUGUAUAAGCGACCUGCGUAUGUUACAGCUCGUUCUUAUUGUCAUAGAUUGUAAAAGUCAGUUGCAAAAGUUGCGGCAGUAAUAAUAUGAAGGAAAUGUGUAUGUUACAACCUUUCCGUUCUUUGUUACAUUUAUAAGAGGAAAAGGUUACAAUCAGGACAACGGUAAAAGUAACGAAAUGACUUGUAUGAAAGGUGUGUUUUUUGUUAGUGAUAGUUUCGUG